AUGGCACAAGAAAUUAUCAGGUUUAUUAUUCAGUCUAGUGAUAAAAUAUUAGAACUGUUUGGUGCACAGCCGAGUAGUCCUCUUUCGAGAAUGCCAUCUGCACGGGUAAGUAUGAUGAUCAUGAAUAGUGGCGCACAUUUCCCUGGAUUAAGAAGUCUUAGACAAGUUCCUCAUGGCUCGGUUAUAUUUCAUAAUAAUCCACAUUUGUGCUAUUUGUCGUCACUUCCUUGGGUCAAUUCAGCCCACAAAAGUAUAUUAACUACACUGAAUCAAACAAGCUCAAUACAAAUCACCAUUAUUGACGGCCCAAGUGAAAAAUAUUGCGAAUCCUUAAACCACGUGUGUCAUGCUGCAUGUCAUAAAGAAUAUGGAUGUUGGGGACCAGGACCAGAUCAGUGUGUCCGUUGUUCAUACCGUAGAGCGGGAUUGCAUACAUGCGUCCAGUCAUGUAGUGACCUACCAGGAUUUAUGUCUGAGCAGUGGGAGACAACGUUCCUUAUGAAGAAGAAGCAUUUAGACAACAAUACAGCUAAACAUUUCGAUCUGAAUUACUACACAGCAGAUUCUGAGGAUAACUGUAUUCCAUGUCAUCCAGAAUGUGGGAAGUCGUGUACUGGACCUGGAGCUAAUGAAUGUCUUGGAUCUUGUAAAACAGCAUGGUCAGAAGAUCAGUGCGUUUCAGAAUGCCGACAGAACACUUAUUUAAAUAUUAACCGAAGAAUCUGUGAACCAUGUCAGACACACUGUCAUCAACGCAAAAUCACAAAACAGCCAGUAUGCUCUGGUCCUGGUCGACAUCCAGGUAAAGGAGGUUGCAAUAAAUGUGAAAAAUUUAUAAUUCAGUCACCUUUCAAUCAACCGAAUUCAGAAUUGACAGUUAAAUUAGAUUCAACAUCUCUGACUAAUGCAGUUAGUCUUCUAUGCAUCAGAGGUGACUGUCCACCAGGAACUUAUCUGACUACGGAAAUGGUUCAGCCAAACUCUCUAUUCGCAAAAUAUGCCGAAACGUACACAAGUGUCGCUGCUGUGUGCCGACCAUGUCAUCCAAGAUGUCCUAUGUGCACAGCACAUAGCUUACUGAGAGCCAAUGACCAACGUUUAGGCUGCCUGAAAUGCAAUGGAUUUUGGCUAAGAGACACUUGUGUAGAACAUUGUCCUACAGAACAAACUUAUUCCCUAUUGGUGAACAAUAACGCGAGUUUUGCUGAAGGCAAUUUCCAGAAAAAUACAAACUCGGAUGAAGUGAGCUCAAAAAUGAAUGGUGUACACGUACGACAUGUCAAUGGCCAGUGCUUAGCUUGUCAUGAGCAAUGUCAUGCUGGAUGCUGGGGUCCUGGGCCUGAUCAAUGCAAUCAUUGCCUUAAUGUUAAAGUGCCUGUACGGUUUUUAUCUGAAAACUUAACUAACAUUGAUGGUCUACAACGACUUAACGAAGAAAAUCCGUCAACUGACUUACGUAAUUUAAAUUUUCACCUAUAUCAUGGAAAGUUUAUAUGCUCCCCGAAAUGCCCAGAUGAACUGUAUUAUCGCAUUACUAAUGUACCUGAAAUGGACGGUGAAACUAUUUGUCAUCAUAGCGCAUAUUUGAGCAAAAGUGACAAAACAUUUGCAGUCAUUACUGGGAUAAGAAAGUCUUCGUCAUCUUUUUCUUCUGUGAAUGGUAAUACUAUGCAUCGUAGAUUGAAAAAUGAUCCAAUCAUAAUAAUUAUGAUUCCAUCGUGCAUUAUAUUACUUAUAUUCGCAAUGCUCAUACUUAUGUGUUAUCGUUAUCGUUCGAACCAGCAGUACAUUGAAAAACAUGAACAUAAUCCACUCAUUCUGUUGAAGAUGAUAUUUUGUCCUUUAUCAUUUAUAUCUAAACGAUUUGGAACCAAUGCCGCCACUUAUCAAUACAAAAAAGGUAGUCUAGUUAUCAAUCUAUCUUCAAUAAAUCAUCCUCAAAGCAACAAUUUUGACGAAAAUGGCGUGAAUAUGAAUCAGAUACAAAACUUAAACCCUGAAGAAAGCUUACUGAGGAGAUCUAGCCUUACAGGAUCACACCGGUACCCAAAUCAGAUUGUGAAUGGACAAAAAGCACCAAAUCUUGGCAGGUUAAUCAUGAUUAAUCUAGAUGACUUGUGCCUGAAUGAAAAGUCUGGUCCUUUGGGCACAGGUGCAUUCGGUGCAGUUUAUCAGGGUGUAUGGAAAGUACGCCAAACAGAUUAUCCAAAUCUACCAAAUUUAAACCAUGUCAUUGAAGCAGCUAAUGAAGAAGAAUUAUUGUUAAAGGCUAAUUCACAAAACAAUUGUGCUUCACUCAUGAAUCCUACUCCUACAGAUAAAAUGAAGAUAUUAUCAACAGAUCAAAUGAAACCAAACAGUGUUCUAGAAAGUGGAACAAACGUUUCAACUGCUGGACAAUCAACUUUCAGUACGUCAAAAAAUGAUAGCAUUGGUGAACCCAACAGUUGCAGCACUGGUAGUAGUAUUACAACAACUAAAGUGGUGCCAGAAAGAUCAAAUAAAGAUUAUAGAUUACUUUGCGUUGCCGUCAAAAUUUUGAAUGAAGUUCGUGGCUCAAGUGAUCUACAAGCUUUAUUGGAUGAAGCGAAGAUAAAUCUCUGUGUUCAAAUAACAACGUUUAGUACCUCCAGAUAAUUCUCACCUCCGUGUUCCAGAUACUCAUUUCUGAAAUCAAUUAACGUAUAUGCCAUUCACAUUGUUUCCCCUGAGACGGUAAAUUACAAUUUCAAAAUUUUUGGCUCCUCUUGUUGCUACUAUUGACUGUUGUCAAAACAUAUAUAUAUAUAUAAGUGAUUACUCGGAAUGCCCGCAAAAACCUGUAGCCUAAUCGCAUGAGGAUUCAAAAACUAAGUUUCACUGUGAUAAGAAAGGUCGAUAUGAAGCUUAAGAAACAUUCUAGUGGUAACUGCAGGUGUAAUACACAAUUUAAUAAGUAAUAAAUUUGACUACCUUAAUACCUGCAAAGAAUCCUAUGAUUGUUUGCUAUGCAAACUAUAUUG